AUGGCGGACGAAGGCGUUCCGGCUGCACAGGACCCAAUUCACCGUAUCGGGACCCAACAGAGCGUCUACAAGCGUCGCAUCGCCAUCGACGAGACCGAAGUCGACGAGGGCAAGCCCAACGUCCGCGAGAGCGACUUCAAGAAGCGCCAAGUAUGUCGGUGCUGGCUCGUCAAGCGGGCACAGCAAAGCAUCUGUGCUCGUUCUCCACGUAAAACUGAUUCACUCAUAGGUCUUCAAAGGAUGGACGCUGCUCUGGUUCGCGUACCAGGCUACCGGUGUCAUCUACGGUGACAUAGGAACUUCUCCCCUCUACGUCUACUCGUCCACCUUCUCCGACAACCCUUCCCGAGCCGAUCUCUUCGGCGCUGUAUCCCUCAUCAUAUGGACCAUUACUCUGAUUGUCACCAUCAAGUAUGUCUUCAUCGUUCUGCUGGCAGAUGAUGAGGGUGAAGGAGGCACAUUCGCCAUCUAUACCCUCCUCUCGCGCUACAGUGAUAUCAUGAAGCGCGAUCCACGCGUCAAUCAGCUCGUCAAGAUGGAACGACACGCCACAGACCAGCUACGCCCGAGCAAUCAUAGCAUUCGGACGUGGCUGGAGAAGAGCAAGAUUGCCCACGCGAUGCUCAAGCUGUUCGCGGUAUUCGGUGUCAGCUUCGUACUGGCGGAUGGUAUCCUCACGCCUGCACAGUCGGUCUUGGGUGCUAUCCAGGGCAUCAAAGCUGCCCAGGAGAACAUCGGUAACGACACCAUAGUCGGAGUCUCCUGUGCCAUCCUGGUCCUCCUGUUCCUGCUUCAGCCAUUUGGCGUGCACCGCCUCUCGUCCUCCUUCGCACCAAUCGUCAUCAUCUGGUUGCUCUUCAACGCCUGCUUCGGUAUCUAUAACCUGGCUGUCCACGACUACACCAUCCUCAAGGCUUUCUCGCCAUACUACGCCGGCGAGUGGUUUGUUCGAAACAAGACCGAGGGGUGGAUCAAUCUCGGCGGUAUUCUGCUUGCCUUUACCGGAGUUGAAUGCCUGUUCGCAGACCUUGGCGCCUUCUCCCGUCAAGCAGUACAGAUCUCUUGGCUCUGUCUCGCGUAUCCCUGCUUACUACUGGCCUACAUUGGACAAGCUGCAUACAUGCUGGAUGAUCCGAGUGCCUGGUCAAAUCCAUUCUUCAACACUGUCCCACCGGGCAUGUUCUACCCGUCGCUCGUCUUUGCUGUGCUGGCGGCCAUUGUUGCAUCUCAAGCUACAAUUACGGCUUGUUUCCAGCUUCUGGCUCAGAUCAUGAAUUCGAGCUACUUUCCUCAGAUUGAUAUGAAGUAUACCUCGACCACGCACCACGGUCAGGUCUACAUUCCCAUUGCAAACUGGCUGCUGAUGGUUGGAUGUGUGAUUGUUACGGCCGUUUAUAACAAUGUACGUCCAAGCAUUCGAUUUCACUAUUCCCACCACUCACGAUUCUGCAGACCACCCGCAUUGGACACGCAUACGGUGUCUGCGUCAUCCUGGUUACUUUCAUCACAACCAACCUCGUCGCACUCGUAGCCAUCAUCGUCUGGCGUAUCCACCCAAUCCUUGUCUUUUUAAUCUGGCUGCCCUUCGUCACACUCGACGGCCUCUACCUCAGCGCCGCAUUGACCAAAGUCCCCGACGGCGCUUGGUUCACCUUGAUGCUCGCAGCCGUAAUCGCAGCUUUCUUUGCUCUCUGGCGCUACGGCAAAGAAAAACAAUGGGCCUGCGAAGCCAAAGAGAAAUACGAACUCUCCCGGAUUCUCGUCAAGAGUAUCGACGCAGACAGGGACCAUACCACUCUCGCUCUGUCCGACGAACACGGCGGCGGCGAGCUCGCCCAAAUCGACGGGUUCGGAAUCUUCUUCGACAAAGCAGGCUCUUUCACCCCCAAAGUCUACGAGCAAUGGUUGAAGAAAUUCCGUGCACAGAUGGAUGUCGUGGUGCUCAUGCACAUGCGAGCCCUGAGCAUUCCACACGUGGACGAGGGAGAUCGCUUCGAAGUGACGAGGACGAGCGUCAAGAAUGUCUACCGGCUCAUCAUCCGUCAUGGCUAUUCGGACCACGUCAUCACACCCGACCUCUCCGGCCUGGUAUACGAAGAAGUCCGCAAAGCCAUCGUCCGCGGCAUCGCGCGUCCCCCGGGCUCCUCCUCGGCCGCUUCUUCCUCGGCCGAGAAACAAGAUCCGGCGGAGGCGGAGGUGGUCCAGCAGGACGCCAUCACCGCUUCUCGCUUAAGACGACUGGAUGAUGCCUUUGCCCGCCAAUCCCUCUACCUGGUCGGCAAGCAGCAGAUGCGCAUCAACCCGUCGUAUAACCUCGCCAAACGCUUCGUGCUCGGCUUCUUCCUCUGGGUGCGGGAGAAUUCGAGGAGUAAGAUUGAGAAACUGAAUGUCCCCGUGCAGAACUUGGUCGAGGUGGGGUUCGUGGGGGAGAUCUGA